AUGCCUACCGCAGGGCUCAAGACCAUCAUCGCCCUCUCCUUCGUCCUCGCCGUCGGUUUCCUCCUGGUCAUCCUCUCCUGUGCCCUCUGGAAGGUCUACUACCCGCUCCUCGUCGUCGCCACUUACGUGCUGGCCCCGAUCCCCAACUGGAUCUGCUCGCGAUGCGCCAACCCUGAUGACUUUGUCGAGAGCUCGGGCGCCGCCGUGCUGGACCUCGGCCGCUUCUGCACUGGUUUCCUCGUUGUAAUGGGAAUUGCGACCGUCUAUGCAGCCCUGCCAAUCGUGCUGGCCCACUCCGACCUCAUCCAGAUCGAAGCCAUGUUCAUGUCCAUUAUCGGCGGUCUUCUUAUCUAUGGCACAAUCAUCAGCUUCGGCAUGUUCUUCCAGGAGGAGCAAGAGUUCUAA